GAGACAGGAAGAGGGCACCUCCAUCAAGAAACGAGCAGCCGGAUGGGCUAAGACUUUAGGCCUGGAAGAGAAGGACAUGGUGGAGAAGCUCACCGGAUUUUUUGGCGCUGAUGUCGAUGCAGGGCGCAAAGAUCAGCCGAUUCGACUCAUGGUGUCCAACAAAAAGGGCAAAAGGAUAAAUGCGUCGGCUUGCCUUUUGCACAGGCGCUGCAGGAUCCUGUCGCUUUCGAGGUUGUCAGUGCCGAUGAGGCGUGUGGCCAGGAGCAAGGAGAGGCCAGCGCCUGAAAGCAUCAAGCUGCCUCAGGAAACUGUGGAGUUUAAGAUCCGGUGUCGAAAUGGAAAGACGCUUCACGAGAAGAGCACAUUCCAAAAGGACAGGAAAUGGGGCUAUGUCUACUCUGGCGAGUCUGAGUUUGCGGAAUGGAGCUGAAGAGGUCAACGUUUGAGACUGCCGUUUCUGAUCCUAAGACGCAUGCGAGUAGCGGCCGCUGAUUUGCGUCUCACUGACGCCCAGUUUUCACGAAGAAUCACGGAGACCAUGGUUUGCGCAAGCUGACUGUUUCUUCAUUGCGACUUUCUUCCACUAUCAAAUCAUCAAGGAUGGGACUGGAAACAAUUCAAGCG